AAUUGUGAAGGAGGUAAUGGUUCGAUCUGAAAUCUAAAUAUAAACAGAACUUAUCUCUUCUGUAUUGAUAUUUAUUUUUGAUAUGAUAUUGCAAUCGACAGAUCAAGAAAUAGAACUGGGAGUAGUCUGGUGUUCUGUUCAUCGAAAUGUUGUGGACCAAUUUGAUGCUGCUUCUCACACUGGGUAUUCAUACCUCUAGUGCAAAAUGUAGACUGUAUGAGAAUAACAUAAUGGCUGAAUGCAUUUCAUUGGAUGAGGAACAAUUAUUGGCUUUUAUAGAAGAGAGUGGCCGUAGGCUGGGAUACCUGAAAGUAGAGAAUUCUUUCAUCCCACACAUAGAAAUGAUGCCAAUACGUUACAACAGUUUAAGAUCUCUCAUCAUGAGAAAUUCUAGGAUCGCUACGAUCGCCAAACUUGGCCAGGUUUUGAGAGAAACCGGAAAUUUGAGGGAAAUAGAUUUGAGUUUUAACACCAUCAAAGAAAUCAGUUUUCUCGUGGACACAAGCAGUUUGAACAAAAUUUCCCUACAUCACAAUCAAAUAGAAUUUUUGGACGCGUCAGCUUUAACAUUAAACAGUGAACUGUUUUAUUUGGAUUUGAGUUAUAACAACAUCAAGAAUCACACUUCAUUACAAAAUUACUAUUUGAAUUCUUUGAACCUAAGUCAUAACUCCAUAGAAGAGAUUAAAGGUUCAUUCGAACAAUUGACGAAUAUUAUAACGAUAGAUUUGAGUUUCAACAAACUGAGGAAAGUGUCAGUCGAUGAUUUUGGGAACUUGAGUCGAAUACAGUAUCUGAAUUUGAGCCACAAUGAGAUUUACACCAUUCAAUAUGAUCCUCCCAGUAUGUAUGAAAGUAGGUAUCUCUUUUGGAGAUAUUAUACAAGCAAUGGAGUUUUGGACUUAUCCCACAACAAAUUGAAGAAUUUCAGUCAUAUUUUCAACGAUAAAUCUAUAGAUCGACCUCUGAAGUCGAUCAAUCUGGAGAAUAAUAAUUUAGAAGAUAUAAGCUUCUUGGCGAACCUCACCAGAGAAAACAGUGUCCAAACACUUAUAUUCCGCCAUAAUAAAAUCAAAAAGCUGCAUCCCUUCAACUUCAGGGGUUUCUCCUUGGAUAAACUGGACAUCUCUUUCAACCAGAUCGAAUCAAUACCCUCCGCAGCAUUCCAAAGGAUGAGCGACUUGACAGAACUGUUUCUCGACCACAACCAGAUAACAUAUCUGAACGAUUCGAUAUUUGAUAAUUUACGUUUUCUAAGGCUACUGAAUCUGUCCUACAAUCCAAUCGAAACAGUCAGUCAAAUGAUUUUCGGGAAAUUAACGCUUAACGUACUAGAUCUAUCGCACUGUCUCCUCUCAGAAGUUCCAGUGGGUAUCUUCAGCAAUAAGACCAUUUUCGAGAUUUACCUAAACGACAACAACAUUAAAACCAUCAAACCGAACACGUUCUCUUCGUUGUAUGUACUCGAUUUGAGUAAUAACAAAAUGAAACGACUACAACCCAAACUGUUCUCUGGUAUAAGGAUCGGAGGAUAUUUGAAUUUAUCCAACAAUCCUCUGGAAAGCCUGGAGAGGGUUUUCGAUGAUGCAAAAAUCGAUAGAGUCUCUCUAACUAAUUUGUCACUUUCUAGAUUGACCAAGAUGGACGUGAGAGGGUUGAAUAUGACGUAUUACUUGGAUUUAAGCCACUCUGGUAUCGAAGAAAUAGACAGCAACAUUUUCGAUGGGUGCUCAGUCAUGACGGACCUUUAUCUGGAUGACAACUUCUUAAAGAUGAUACCCAGUAACUUGUUUGGGUUCAACGAUCAGCUGGUAACCCUGAGUAUAGUGGGUAACCCACUAUCCAUAAUACCAUUAGAUUCUUUCCCUCACAAGAUAGGACUGAAACAUUUGCACUUGACAAUCAACGGAAAUAUCCUGAAGAAGCGUUUUUUCAACAUGAUCUUUUUAACAGACCUCCACAUCGUCAACUCCAAGAUAACCAAGUUGCACAAACACAGUUUCAAAGGGCUGAUCAGCUUGAAGAAGUUGGAUUUCGAAAAUUCCACAGUGUCUAAGAUAGAACCCGGUUCUUUCUUGGGCCUCAGGAACGUUGUGUCGGAUUUCGACGCCCAAAACCUCUUCUCCAACAUCAGCAACCUCAGGUCCAAGACGUUCGUGGGCUUGGAAAGACUGCAAACGUUGAAUCUGUCCAGUUUGGCGGUCGUGACCAUCGAAGACUGCGCGUUUUGCGGACUCGACAGUCUGGUGAAUCUGAGCCUCAGCAACAACAAGAUCGGGGACUUGCCGAAGAACUCUUUCGUCGGCUUGAAGACGCUCAAAACGCUAGAUCUGUCCAAUAACAAUCUGACCGGCAAAGAGUCGACCUUCCCCAUAGGGAUCUUCAAGGAACUGGUGAAUUUGACGCAUCUGCACCUUCAGCACAACAGGAUCAUCAAGUUUCACAUCGGGGAAUUCUCGAACCUGAGGAAUCUGAGGUUUCUGAACUUAUCCCACAACCAGUUGAGUUACCUGGACAGGCAUCUUCUGUUUCCGCUCAGGAAUUUGGAGGUUCUGGACAUCAACUCCAAUCAUGUCAUUAAAUUCGACUAUCACUUCACUUUGAAGCAUUUGUCGUCCCUGAAAACGAUAGGUAUAGGUGAGAAUAAGUGGCCUUGCGAGAAUAUGACCAUAAUGCUGAACGAUUUCGAAGAGCACGGUGUUAACUACAGGGCGAUCAGUAAGCUGGAAUUCGACGUUGAGAAUAUGGGAGGAAUUUAUUGUGUUCACGUUUGCAACUACCUUUAUUGUCCUACUGAGGAGGAUUUGGUAGUGACUUAUUGAUGCCUCACUGUUUGAAUUAAAAUGUUACGAGAU